AUGAGGAAAGCUGCAGUUUUGCUGCUCUGUCUGCUCUGGACGGGGGCUCAGGGUGAGGAUGGAGCUCAGAGAGAGAACGCAGCUCUAGAUAACAGGAUGAGCUCCAGUGAAAAGCAGGUGGUGGAGCUCCAGACACAGAACUCAGCCGGUCCUCAGGUGGCGUUCUCAGUCGGUCUCAGUGAUGCAGGAGUAGUCGGACCCUUCGGCACUAACAGUAUACUGAAGUACAGUAAAGUCUUCACCAAUAUCGGCCAGGCCUACAUCCCAACUACAGGUAUCUUCACAGCCCCCGUCAAAGGAGUCUACUACUUCAGAUUCAACAUGUGGGGAAGCCGCUUUGUAUCAGAUACCGCUCUUGAAUUCGCUCUCAACAACGUGAUGAAGAUGAGGCUUCAAGAUUACAAUGAUGCCUAUGGCUAUGUCUCUGCGUCUAACUCAAUUGUUCUUCAGCUGGAGAAGGGAGAUGUUGUCAACAUCGUUCUGCCCUCCAGCUACACCGUUUAUGAUGAUUUGUUUAAUCGCAUGAUUUUCAGUGGAUUUCUACUCUUUCCUGUGUGAAGCCCACUGUAAAACACCCACUGCAUUAAGUUUCAACAUUACAUAU